GUGGAGGAGGGUCUGUGGGAGGAGGUGCCGCUGACGCUCUACGAAGGCAUUGGCUCCGGCGUGGAGGCGCUGCGGUACAUGCAGCUCGCGCAGCACAUCGGCAAGGUUGUGCUGACACAGCCGUCGCGCAUGGGCUGCCGCGCAGAUGGCACAUACCUUAUGAGUGGAGGCGUUGGUGCCCUGGGCUUAGUCACGGCAGAGAUGAUGGCGGAAGAGGGUGCCAAGUCAAUGGUGCUGCUCUCACGCCGGGGAGUCGUUAACCAUGCCUCGAGACAGGCGUGGAAGAGGCUAGAGAGCUUUGACAUCGAGAUCCUGAUCAACGCCUGCGACGUGGCACAGAGCGGCGAGGUGGAGGGGCUGGUGGCGACUUUGAAAAGCUCAGUGGAGACAACUCGCACGGUUCGAGGGUUCAUUCACUUGGCCGCAGUGCUUGACGACGCAACUUUACCCAAUCUCACCCUUGCGCAUUUGGAGCGGUCCUAUGGAGCAAAGGUUUGGGGGGCCCGACAUUUGCACUCCUGCCUGGCCCAGCCCUCCGUGGCGAUUCUGGACUUCACCGUGCUUUUCUCAUCAAUUUCCGCCCUCUUGGGAUCGCCUGGCCAGGGCAACUACUCAGCCGCCAAUGCUGCCCUGGAUGCCCACGCGCGCUGCUGGAAGGCCUUGGGCGAGCACGCGGUGUCUGUGCAGUGGGGUCCAUGGCGUGAAGCAGGCAUGGCCACUGAGACGGGAGCCACUGCGCGCCUGAAGGCAAAAGGGCUAGGCAGCAUUGGGAACGAGGUUGGCAUGGCGGCUCUUCAAGCAUGUCUCUGCGCUCCAAACAGUGUGUUGGCGGCAUGCCCCUUCCGCUGGCAGCAAUACCUCAAGCAGUUUGGCAAGGCGGCACCGCCAUUCUACUCCCGUUUCUCUCAUGUUGCCACGAGCGCUGACCCGAUGACAAAGGAACUCGGCGUGGCAGACACUGACAUCAGCGCAGAUCAGGUGGAGUCUUUGGUGGUCCAGAUUGCCAGUGAGGUCACAGGCACCCUUCUUGGAGUGCAGGAUCAGCUGCUGGAUGCCGGGAUGGAUUCACUUUCGGCCGUGGAAUUCCGGAACCGGCUGCAAAUUCAUGCUUCUGGAGUGCAAAUUCCCAACACGCUGGUCCUCGAUCACCCAACGCCUGCAGCAAUCGGCAUGUUCCUUGCCUCCCAGAUGAGCAAUGUUGGGACUGUUGGGAGCAGCGGAGAGGAGAAUAUUGACACACCUGUCCUAAGCAACGUCGCCGAGAACAACUUGGAUGUGCAGGCUCCUUUGAGCACAGAAGCAACCAGACCACAAAAUGGAGAGGUCCUCCUCGAGGUCCAAUGGGUAGACCUGGACAUCCCGCUGAACAGCCGCGAUGCUGAGGUCCCAUGCGUUGGUCCAAUGAUGUUCGUUGGUCUUCGCGAUGAAAUGCAGCCAGACCUAAAGCACGAGUUUCCAGAGUCUGUGUAUCUUGGCAAAGCUGAGGCUGCGCGGGAGAUUCUGGAGAAGAAGCUGCAGGAGGGUGUCUUCACGGCCGUGGUCCACAUCGCGGCUCUUGAGCAGGGGAGCGAACUCGAUGUCCUGGAGUCUGCCUUGCUUCUGGCAAAGGUUGGUAUGCAGCGAGCAGCUUCCAAUCUCAGCAUGCCGCCAGUUUGGUGGGUGACACACGGCACUCAGGAGGCCACCAUCCCCAACUGCUGGCACUCAGGCCUUUGGGGUCUCGGCAGGACUGUCCGUGUGGAGGAGCCGGCAUUACAGCUCCGGUGCCUAGACCUGGACGGCGUUGCACCAGGGUCUUUGGCAAGUGACCUCAAGCAUUGGCUCUCGGUUUUGGGCGAAAACAGAGACGAGACGGAAGUUUCAAUCGUCAGCGCGACCGAAGCCGAAACGAGCUGUGCGCGCCCACGGGCUGUUGUACCACGGCUGGUUCACAGCACCGCCAAGACUCCCGAGCCGAUGCAAGCCUCCGUGUCCUUUCAGAAUGGUUCUUUCCUGCAGCAGCUGAAGGUCCAGGACUCGCGAUGCACCCUCCAGCCGACCGACGCGGAAAUACGGGUCCGUGCAGUUGGCCUGGCUAUACAUGACCUCAUGGCCAUCAAAGGUCUGCAUCAGGGUGACGUGAGAACUGCUGGACUAGAUUGCGCCGGUACGGUUUUGGCAACAGGCGGUGCUGUCUCACACAUUCGCCGCGGCGAAGACGUAUUUGGCGCUUCGCCGGGUUGCUUCAAAGCCUACAACUCGGGUCCUGCAACCUUGUUGAUGCCCAAGCCACGACAUUGGUCAUUUGCGCAAGCAUGUUGCCUGCCGUCUAAUUUCGUUGCCGUUGAGAAAGCUUUCGACGACGCAAAACUUCAGCCUGGCGAGCAUGUACUUGUACACUCUGCUGCUGGUGGAACUGGCCUCAUGGCCAUCCAGUGCGCACAGUACAUUGGAGCUCAGGUCUACGCGACAGUUAACUCGGAAGAUCAGCACAACUUCCUCGGUCGCAUCGGAAUACAGUUCAUCACGAGCAGCCACAACGGUUCCAAGUUUUCCGAAGACAUCAAGGUCCCGGAUGUGUGCAUGAGACACUUCUACAGCUGA